GCUUCUCUUCAGUUUCAUUUCUCACAGACUGGCUGAAGCACCAUUUCUGCAGCCAUGGCAAAAGCUAAGGAAGAAUUUGGGGAGGUUUCUGGCCUGGAAGAUGAACUCAGCUGUCCCAUCUGCCUAUACUUGUACAGAAACCCCAUGUCACUGAGCUGCGGUCACAGCUUCUGCAAGGAGUGCAUCCAAAAGGCCUUCAGCGUCCAGCAACAACGCAGGGCCCCUUACUCCUGCCCGAUGUGUAAGAUCCAGCUGGGACCCUUCCUGGAGCUACAGAAGAAUUUCCAGCUAUGCAGCAUGGUGGAAACCUUUCUGGCUACCACUUCCAAAGGAAAAGAGGGCAAGGGCUCCCCAGAAGAGAAGAGGGAGAUGGUUCCCUGUGAUUUGUGCCUUGAUCAGCCCCAGCCAGCAGUGAAAAUCUGCCUCACCUGUGACUCGCCUUUGUGCCAGGCCCAUCUGAACAAACACAAUGCCAAGGCUUCGCAGAAGGACCAUGUCCUGGGAGAGCUUGGCCACUCUGUGGGGGAGAGGAAGUGUCGGAAGCACGGCAUGCCGCUGGAGUACCUCUGCAAGAAGGAAAGGGAGUACCUGUGCGCGCUGUGCACCAUUGGUUUCUCCCACCAGGACCACAGAAUCGUCACCCUGAAGGAGGCACGUGACAAAGAGCUGGGCGUUCUCUCGCGCAUGGUGAAACAGAUGCAGGCAAAUGAAAGCGCUAUAGCUAACGCCUUAGAGGACCUGCAGAAAAGUGAGAAUCAGCUCAAGACCAAUACGGAAACAGUGACUUCUCAGCUGGUGAAGCUCUUUGAAGAGAUCAGGGCUAAGCUAAAUCAGAAGGAGCAGCAGAUCCUGAGUGAUAUCGAAUCCAAUGAGAAAAAACAACUGUUGGACAUUACCAAACUGAAGAAGGAAAUGGAACAGAAGAGGGAUGAGGCCGCACGGCAUCUUCAGUCUUUACAGGAGAUAAGAGAGCAAGCAGAUGCUUUCCGCUUCCUCAACGAAUUUAAACUGGCACAGGAUAGGAUUGAGAAGCAGAAUUUCAGGGUUGACAAGAUGGAAGUAUUAGUAGUGCAACUGGAGCCGGCCAGAAUCAGCAGACUCAGGAGCCUGAUGCGGGACUGCACGUCCCAGCUGGACUUCCUGAGGCAGGAGGUGCACGUGGGAUUUGAACUGCUGAUACCUCUUCAAAGCCUUUGGUUUCUUUUGCCUCUUCUGAGGACUAGCAAGUGGAGCCUUCUGGCCCUGGGAGGAAAGCUGCUGUCUCCACUGCUGGGCCAUGUCUGGAGGCACUGCACAGCCAGUGUAAAACAGAGCAACAGAGAUUGCACAAGCACUGCCAUUCUCCAGCAUAGCUCCUGGUGGUCUCAGACUCUGGGUCUAUUUCUGCAAGGCAGAGGGGUUUUCAUCGUUUUAUUUUCCAAGUGUACUGGAUUGGAGGGAUGGGUACAACUUUAUUCCGUUACUUGUGGUAAUCAAUACCUAACCAACUGUGGGAAUUAAAAAUAAUAACCUCAGCAAAACCCAUCUUAGAUUUAGCGCAAUGUCUCCCUUCCUGGUUUAAAACGACAUGCCAAACUGUAAUGGAUCUGCAGCCUUUGGUCUGUUGCACGCAUCAAUUGUCAGCAUAGCAGAAAGCGUGUGGCCAAAUUUUGGGAGCUCAGCAGUAGCUCAAGGUGACUUUGCAAAUAUUCCCUAGUGUUCCAAGCCAGCAGAACACGAAGGACAGCUGCUCUCAACCACUCAGAGGAGGCAAAAGAAAUGAGCCUGUCCCUCGGCACUUUUAUUACCUAGGCUUCUCUCUAUCUGCCAGAUAGUUAUUGCUUUCACCCCAGGCAAAGGGACCAUGACCAGCCAACGCAGUUUAGUGCUGCUGUUGCAGAUAUCAAGUUACUGAACUGCUGCAAAUCAGUACAGUCAGUGAGAGAUUUACUCAGCAUAUUAUUUCAAGUAACUCCAUUCCCCCCAUCUCAUGCGUAUUCUAAGUUGACGAUACUUAGGAAAUGUCAGCACCUCUGGAUCCGAUUCUGAAAUACCAGUUUACCAUUUCCUCAGUGAAAAUUAUGUUACAAAGACAUACUCCUGUACCUCCAGCCACAGGAUGUUAUGGGAAAACUGGAGCGUUACUUUUCCCUCUCUUUAGCAGAGUGAAAGAGCAACUAGCUGCAGGAUGCGGAGCAGUUCUUGCACUCCUGGACAGGGGGGCCUCACCAGCAUGUUUCUGGAUAUAUGGCUACACCCUUGCUGACAAGCAGCUCUCUCUUUUUUUUUUUUUUUUUGAACACCAUUUCUGACAAUAUUGGGACAGCAAUGAUGUUUUCCCCAGGGACGAUGAGGUACUAAGGGACUUCACGUUUCCUCUAAUGCAAAUGUUUGGCUCCCAGAAUCUCUGAGACCCUGGUAGAAAUUUCUAUGACCUGUUUACAAAAGGCUCAUCCUAGAAACCGUUCUCAUACAUGACUAAUUCUCAUGAAUGCAGUCACAUUCACAAGAGGCUGUCAGAAGAGUGAGGACAAGAAGAUAGGAAGAGGAUAUUUCUGGAGCAGGCUGGGUUCAGAUUGAUCACACCUUACGGAAGAGCUCUGCAGCCCUCUCUAGGCAAUUCUAAUGCUGCCUUUGAAGCGCUGAUCACAGGUAAUACAAUAUCAUGCUAAGAUUGAAAUGCUUAACAUAAUAAAACCCAGAACCAAUGUGAUUUAUGGACAAAAAUGAAGAUGACAAUUGUCUGGAUGGAACUUGCCUAGCAUCUGGAACUUGCCUAGCAUCUAAUUUGGAUGGAGACGUGCACGUUGCUUUUCACUGCUGAGCUUAUUGGACUAGAAUUUGUGGCUGAUGCAAAAAUGUGCCGAAAUGGAGCAAAAGGAGGUAGCUGUAUUGCAGGAUAAAUUAAUAUGAUCCAGGAGAUAAGGACUUUGUAAUUGCUGCUAUAUGGCAAAAGUAAAGGAUUUAAGUUCAAGUAGAUUGGAAAAAAUAUAUUUUUCAAUAUUGCUGUAGGCUCACCAAGCUUUUGGAUGAAAAUUAGUAUCUAGGAAGGUAGAUUUUCUGAGUUAGAUACUAAGCUGACAGUGCAGUUCUAGUUCCCCAUACAUUUGGCCUGUGAUAGUAUUAGCAAAGAUAUACUCCUCCGAAUUUGAGACCAGUCAUAUUUUUAAUUCUCAUACAUUGACCUUGGGGUGGCAAAGAGAGGCAAAAGAUUAGAUGAAAGCAAUGUAAGAAAAUAUAUUGGAGUCCAGUGAUUAUUUAACUAAGCCUUCUAUCCCACAAGAAUAUGCUGAAAAUUUUAACAGCUAAUUAACUUUUGAUUCUAGGAGACAAUAUCGGACUACGGCAUACACUGAGAGCAUAACGAUUUCGUACAGAUAUUUGUAGAGAACACUCUCUCACUUGAUAGCAAUAUAAUUGUGAGAUAUAUAGUCCUGAGACAGGGACAGAGCUUAUUUUCUUCUGGUAUCUUUAUGGCUAAAGUAUUUUGAUUACCUAAGGACUCUGAUUCAUUGCAGGUUUGAUUAUUUAUUACGCUCUUUUCCCUCCACCUGCUUCAUUUUUAUUUAGCAUUUGUCUCAUCUUUGAUAGAAAUCUUCAGAAGGGCGGAGAGUGAAGUAGUUGAUUUUAUGGCUCUUUUUGCUUUUGCCAAACAUUGCAUGAUGUGGCUGAAUUUAUAAUCAAAUACAUAAUUAAAAUAUUUUGCACAAGCUAGGACAUGCAUCUUUCUACUUAGUCUGAUGGGUUUUCCAAAUAAGGCAGACCAUGCCAUAUCCAGACCUUUAUGUGUCUGGCACUGGGGCCUUUUAUGAACAGCAGGUUAAACACCAAACUCCAGGGACAUCACUUUGAUUUUGCACAUAGGAAAAUGUGGGAUAUCUUGAGGAAGAUUGCUCUAAGUCCCCUGGCUGCUCCCCCAUAUGGCUCAGUUCCAAGAAGCUCAGGGUAGCUUAAGUUUACUUCUGUUUUGCCCCUAUUUUCCUUUACACUAACCCUUAGUAAAAUGCCAUCAGUAUGGCUGCAUUCAGUGAAUGCUGAAUUAAAGAGAGUGCCUGCAGGAAGGGGCGUCUGUGCUUGAGA